AUGGGUGAUCCAACGGAGGAUAGUUCGGGACCGCGGUUCAUUCAAAAGGCCGAAGUAACCUCCGGCCGCCCCCAUGUUUCUUCUGCAUUUCCCAUCUGCCCUCAUCAUCCUCGUCCCAUCGCAUCGCAUCGCAUUUACCAUGUCCACAGAUCAUUCGGCAAGGUCGCCCCGCCUCAGGGCUUGUGUGAGAUGUCAGCAGCGAAAAGUCAGUGUGUCCCUGCAACGCUCACUCCGCGCCGUCGUCGAUUUCAAGAGCGAGUUUUACUAGACCGCCUGCGCCACUACGAAGGCCUACUUCGCCAACAUAACAUCUAUUUCGAACCCCUGCAUCCCCAAGCCAAGCAGGAGCCUGUCAUCGCGGAUGUCCCUCGGGACUGUGAACGGUCAGAAACGGCGAGGGCACAGACCCCGGUCCAGUCGCAGGCAGUCGACCUCUGGCAGGCCAUUAGCCGAGUGACACUUGAACCCGAAGAUGACGACGGCGACAGUCCUGACGUGCAGGCCGACGGCGUGGAAAACGCCUGGGAUCACCAUGUCGACCAGCCGGAAGCGAACGAUCAGACAGGCGACGAUCUUCUGUUUGGCCAACCGCAAGCUAAUGUGAAUGUCCUCGCCCUGCAUCCCGAGCAAGCCCAGAUCUUUCGGCUCUGGCAGACGUAUCUGGAAAACGUCAAUCCCCUGCUGAAAGUGACCCAUACGCCGACCCUGCAACCACGGAUUGUCGACGCGGUCAGCGAUCUUGGGGAUAUCCAUCCUACCUUGGAGGCACUCAUGUUUAGCAUCUACUGCAUCGCGGUCAUGAGUCUGGCCGAUAACGAAUGUCACCGGCUGCUCAAAUCGUCCAAGGAAGAUCUACUGGCGCGCUACCGGUUGGGGUGUCGGCAAGUGCUGAUCAAGUGUCGGCCCUGGCAGUUUACCAAUGUCGACGGCUUGACCGCAGUGUACCUCUACUUGGUCUCCGUUUCGCCGCAAACCGACCCGCGCUCGCUCUCCUCUAUGCUGGCCGCCGCCCUCCGGAUUGCACAACGGAUGGGGCUCCACAAUGAGUCGACAUACACUCGAUAUACUGCCGUGGAGGCCGAGAUGCGCCGAAGACUCUGGUGGUCAUUGGUGAUUUUCGAUCAUCGCAUGUGCGAGAUGUCCGACUACAAGGUCACCACCUUGACACCCACUUGGGACUGCCGGAUUCCGUUGAAUAAGCCGACCGAGGCGCUGUUCGCGGUCGUUCGUAGCGAGCUCGCUGACCUGAUCCGGCAUACCACCUUCCACAUCAACUUUGUCAACCCGGUACUGGCGGCCGUGGCUAAGGCAAAGGAUCCUGGCCACGUGUCCAUUUCUGCAGACGGUGAGAUGUUGACUAUACAGAGGGCAAUCGAGGAAAAAUACCUCGCUUUCUGCGACCCCGCUGACCCGCUCCACUUUAUGACAAUCUGGACGACGCGCGGCUACCUGGCCAGAAACCGCCUGCUGGAGCACUACGCGCGACACUUGUCGUCGCCAGCAAUGCAGCAGACAGACGCGCAGCGCAAUGCUGCCCUUUCCUACGCUCUAGAGAUGCUGGAGUGCGAUACGAGACUGCGAGUCUCCCCUUUGACCUGUCGUUAUCGGUGGCUCGUAGAUUUCCACGUCCCCGCCCUGGCAUACAUCCACGUUCUGAACGACCUAAGGAAGCGACCCACGGAAAGCCACGCGGGGAAGGCCUGGCAGGCCAUGAGCGAGAAUUACGAAGCGCGCGCCAUGCACCCCAAGCCCAGCGGGCAGGGUGUCUUCACCGUCUUUGCAAGGGUGGUUCUCCAGGCUUGGGGAGCGCGGGAGAUAUUCCUUCGGCAACGGGGCAUGCCCGUGGAGGCACCCCAGAUUGUGUUGGAUAUUCGCAGCAAAGUAGGGCAGACGAGUUCGGGCUCCUCCAUGGUACCGAGCUGCAGCACCGGAGAACCGUCUCACAGCAGCAUCGCGAUCAGUGCCCAUUCGGAGGCGAUACCCGCACAGAUGAACUUCACCGGUCACAGUGCCGACGGACAAGCCUUCCCCGGUCCAGAUCUAGGUCCCAGCAGCUUCCCCGACGUCGCUGGACCGCCUGGCAUGGACAUUGAUAUAGAUCAAUUCUGGACUGCAAUGGAUUGGAGGUUGAUGCAUACACAGGCCUGGUGAGGUACGCAUUUUCUAAGGUGGAUGCUAGGUACUCCCAGUCAUAGGACUCUCCUCUCUCAGCGCUUGCUCAAUGAUAU